AUGAGGCCGGGGGGCCUGUGGGGUGGGAACACGUGCUUUGGGGUCCUCAGUCCUCACCCCUGGGGAUGGGGACCCCCCCCGCAACCCCUCCGGGGCCACGGGCCAGGGCUGGGCCCCCAGGGGCCAAAUCCUCGUUUUACCUUCUUCCUGAGACUCGGGGGUCAGGCCUGCCAGGUCCACCAUGCGUGUGGGGUGUGGGUGUGUGUGCAGAGCGUGUGUGUGUGUGUGUGUGUGAGCGUGUGCAAGGGCGGUGGUGACGGCUCGGCGGUGGGCCGUGCUGGUCUGUAUGUGAGAGGAAGUGAUCUUGGCUAUGUCUGCUGUCCUGCCCCGUGCCCCAGCGGCCCACCCAACCCCCAUGGCUCCACGGACCCUCAAUCCACCUGGGACCCGGGGCCCGUGCCGCCCAGCACCCCCGGGUUCCCGCCUGGCCGCCUCCGCCUGGCCGCCCGCCACCCCGUGGGGUGGGGCCACCGCCCCUGGUGCAGCCCACGCAGCCCUCAGCCAUGUUGGGUUUAG